UGUAAAAGUGGGAGUGAGCUUUGCGGAUGUGAAAAGAACAGUCCGCACAUUGACUGCGUCAUUCUUGAUGAUGGGGGUUUUCUUUUGAUGACAAACCAAGACAACUAUGUCCCAGAGCCCACCAUAGCAGAUAUUUUACAUCUUGGAUGGUGGGCAUCUGCAGCCGCCUGAAUGAUUCCACUGAGUGUGGAGGCGUCUCUGCAUUAAGUCCAUCACUCUUGUCUAUGGUAGGAAUCCAGUUGAUCCUGCUCUGGAUGUUAUCUGGCACCAGGCCCUGCGAAUUAUGACCCUGAGAAACCCCAAACCUAACCUAAACCAACCGAGAUCCUGCCAAAACGUUAGCCCGCCAUUUUCAUUCAAGGAAAAAGGCGCGGGGUGUGUGUGUGUCUCCCGUCUGCUCCGGCCUGCAGAUUCAAUGGCGACGCCAGUGACUCUAAAAUCUCCUCGGGGGCGGGCAAAGGCGCUUGAAGGCACCCACCGUGGCUGCAUGUUGAUGUGUCCGAUCCGUUAACACUUGUGUGUGUGUGUGUGUGUGUGUGAAUGCUUCAUCAUCUGGCCCAUUCAGAAGCAGAAUUCUGUAUGUGCUUUAACUGUGGAUUUGCAGGGUUGGGGGCUGAGAUCUUAUUCUGUGUGUCUGCUUUUUGAAGACUCUGUGUUUAAAAAAAAAGGGCUGCCCUUUUUGAGAGAUCACCCCAUUUCUGUUUUGUUUGUUCGGACUCGGUUUUGAGUGGGUUGCACUCCUUAAAUGUGGCACGCCCGAUUUGCAAAGGAAAGGGAGGGAAAAACCCCAUCCAUUUGCCAUUUCCUUCGCCUUCUGGUUUAGAAUCCCGAUGAUUUAUAUGCGUGCUUUCCAUUUUCUUCGAAUACAAACUCAAACUUCAUUUCACACCGGUUCGCCGGUGUCAAAUCAACCGUAAACCCACGCCGUGAUUUAAAAACACAGAGACUUCGUCACGACUUCUCCUCCUCCUCUUCCUCCUUCCAUAAACCAUUGCUCCCACUGCCAACUUCAAGCCCAUCAAUGCAACGGCGUUCGCACAGCUGAAAAUGUUCCCCAACCUCAGGAAUUUAAAAUAUUCUAAGGGGGAGGGGAGGAAUUGAAAUGAUGGUUUGGAAGGUGGAAACCGGUUUGAAAAUUUUUAAAAAGGACUUUUUUAAAAAAAAAAUGGAGAAGAAGAAAGCGAAAACGUUUUAUUUAGGAAGCCGUGGUGGGCUCGAUGUCAAAGAUCUGGAGAACCUCAAGCGUGGAAUCGGACGCCGCGAGACUUUUUCACCAUGAUGUAAAAUGCCUUAUAAACGGAUCACUUUUGUUUUCUGAAAACGAAUCCGCUUCCAUAACUUCACGAACUGGAUGCAAAGUUCUGAAAAAGGCGAGCUCGAAGCAACCGAUGUCAAAAAUGGAAUGAGGUUUUUUUACAAACUUCUCUCUUCACCCCCGUAUCUGACCUUCGUUGCGCAAGCUGUUGGUAAUGUCUGUAUGGAACAUCAUCGUUCUCAAAGCACUUGUCUUACCGGUUUCUACGUCCUCCAAAGUUUUCAAGACGCAACGUUUGUGAAUACAAAUGUGUUUGUGAAUAUAUUGAACGUUGGUUUUCAAGGGUAAUUUUUGCAUGAUGACGAAGCUGCUAUUUUGUUCAAGGUUUGGUUUUAUUCCCCCCCCCCUAGAUUUUCUCCCCUCCUUUUCUUUUUCACGGUAGAGUGUAGUUUAUUGAACAGGUCUUUGGGUGAUUUUUCUUUUCCUGCUGUGUGAGAAACCAAAUAUUGCGGUGUGAUGCAAUUGACUCUUAAGUAAUAUAUUGUUAAACAGAUAUCUGAAUCGACUGUGCAAUGUAGAAGCUGGAAAAAAACAGAAGAGGGUACAUUUAAUUAUCUUCUCAAAUGGGGGGAAAAAUGGGUUUUCUAGAUGAAAAACAUUCACCUGAAUUACUAUUUACAGGUCCAGUCAAUCAAAUUGACAGCCAUUUAUUGCAGGGUUAAAAAAAUAAUAAUAAUAACUGCUUGCUCCCAGAAAACUUAUUUCCAAUUAUUAUGCAGCAUCUUAACUUCUGCUUUAUGUCACAAAUAGCAAAAUGGAAAAAAAAAGGAAUGAAAAAAAAUUGGAAAACCCAAAGCAAACCCUGUAAUAUCCUGUUUCCCCGUAAAUAAGACCUCCCUGGAUAAUAAGCCCAAUUGCACUUUUGAGCCAAUGCACUAAUAUUAACCCUCCCCUGAAAAUACGCUCUCCCCGAAAAUAUUUAAACGCAUUUCGCAGCUAGUCCCCGCCAUUUCUUUGGAGGGAGGGGUUACAUGCCCAAUGUGCCCCCCAUGCACCUGACCUUGCGGAGGCCGCUCCCCCAAACCCUAGCUACCGUGCCCUUCCUCUUAGUGACGGUCGCAAAAAGAAUGGCAAGAGUGUGCCAGAAACAGAACUUCCAGCCCUCUCUAGAUCAGCUGAUUCCCGGGCCAAGUUUAAGGGGCCUCCUGCAGCUCAAAAAUAAUAAGACCUCCCCCCAAAAUAAGGCCAAUUGCUUAUUUGGGGGAGGGCGGGGCAAAAGAAAAGAAGACCCUGUCUUAUUUUUGGGGAAACACAACCCAUUGACCCUUUGUUUUGAAGUAAAAAUAUGGAUUUAGCGUGAACUCAAACAUCAGUCCAGUCAGUAAAUGAAUUAGCUUGGAGUAUAUAACGUUGUAGACAGAGAAGAGAAUAUUUUAAUCAAGGACUUUUAGAAACUCACCAAUGAAUGUGUGGCUUGCUUGAUAUCGCAGAAUUCUUCUAAAAACUGCAAUUCUUUGUAUGAGAAACCCCGUAAAAUAUCAUUGUAUGGGCAAGUGACUUUCAUCUGAUGUGGAGCCCAAAGAUUUUGAGGAAUUUCUGAGAAUGCCUUCGUCAUAAACGAGUGGCGGGUUUUUAUUUUUUAUUUUUCCUUAGUCCGGUUCCAUUUAUUUUCCGAUUUUUAGCUGAGCGCCCUUGUAAAUUUUCUUCAUUUCUUCAUCCGCACUUUAGCCAGUGAUGGGAUGUAAAUAAUUCAACAACCGGUUCCCUGCCCUAAUGAUUCGUUCCAACAACCUGUUCACCAAACUUCUCAGAAACUUAACAACCGGUUCUCCCAAAGUGGUGCGAACCGGCUGAAUCCCACCACUGACUUUAGUGGAUCUAGGACAAUUCAGCGUGGCGAUCUUGGCGUGGCCAACUUGCUGCGGGAUAUUACCUUAAUAUCAAAGAAAUGGUGGGACAGAAUCGUGAAAGGGAGGAUGCAAAAGGAGGGACGACAUGACAUUGGAAUGACAAAAAUCAAAAUCAUUUCUUUAAUUAUUUUGAACACUUAAACUGAAUUGUUGAAUUGUCCAAUGGUGAGUUGGCUGCGGGGAGUUGUCCCAUCCCUGACUUCAGCUUGUUCUAACAUUGUUAUUAAAGUUAAAAUUAUGAGUUAAAAUUAAAGUAAUGGAUUAAAGUUAAAGUUAUGAGUUAAAGUUAAAGUUAUGAGUUAAAGUUAUGAGAUAAAGUUAAGAGCCAUGGUGGCACAGUGUUUAGAGUGCAGUACUGCAGGCUACUUCUGCUGACUGCCGG